UAUACGUGUAUGGACGGCUGAGUGUCAUCGAGGUAUAUCGUAUGGAUUGGUGGGUAUGGUCCUAAGGGAGACGGGAAGGAAUCAUAGGCUGACUGUGACUCGCUGAGUCACCCUCUUCGCUCGAUGUUCUCGUAUUUACCACACCCUCAGGCCUCAUCCCCAGUCAAAAGUCUGGAGACGUCAGGCGAUGGGUAGAGACGUGUGUCGACUUUUUAUCUACCUAUAUAUGUCCGUCGAUGUUCAUCGACAAUGUACCAUAAAUAGAACGAGAAAGAAGCGUACAUACGUGAACCAACUCGCAGUAAUCGUAACUCUGGUCUGUUUGCGAUGUUCCUGGAUAUUUGGUUAUGCAAGUUCACUACAGCUAUGUCACAGCAGUCUGCAUGGUGUUGCUGUUGGUAGCCGGGAGCGAAGCUUCCCAAGUCGAGUCAGAAUUCCCACGCCUCCUAUCUUCCCUCUUACCAUCACUGCCGCUGCCGCUGUAGGCGUCGUAUUGCCUCUUACUGUCUCUGUGCCCUCGUUUCACCUUCCAUGUCAAGCGGUACUUGAGCAUAUGUGCGGUUUCUGCUAUCAUAGGCCAGCAAAAGCGCGCUGCCUUCAUCACUGGGAAUGGACCGAAUGAACGAUUAUCUACGUACUGAAUUGUAGUUUAGGUCGCCACUUUCUCAGCUUGGGCGCAUAUAUGGAGGGAUAUGAAGCAAGUAGCACACGAAACACUGCUGGUGCGUCCUAGUACAGACGUGUUCCAUUCCAAAUGUCCCUCCCUUGGACUUGUCGCCGUCGCUACACGACUCAAACACGACUUUGGUAC